ACAUGAGAUUGAAAAUAGAAAAGAAAGUAGUGGUGGGGGAGGGUAUUUGACAUUUCACUGAUUUGAUAAGUAAGUUAGUUGGACAAAAUGUAUUAUCUGGUGUGUCUGCUGUCAAUAACCUGAGCUUGAGUGAUACUUUUUAUCUUGUCUCCUUUUUUACGAAAGGGUUCGUACUGUUGUAUUUUAGGAAUCAGUUGAACACUGUCCUGUAAUUUAUUCUCAAACCUUAAGUUGUAUUGAAAUGAAGGUAGAAAAACGUCAUUUCACUAGUUUGUCUAUAUGACAAUCCGAGUGAAAUAUAAUGGACAUUCACUGUGCUGGUUUCACAUUCAUAUCUAAUUUCGAUUCUGGUAAUUUAGCUCGAGUUGAAGAAGUUCCUAUAAAUUCAAGUGAAAGUAGCGGUAAUGAUGCUGGCACGCCAGACUAUGAAUUCAACAUAUGGACUUUACCAGACUGUGCUGGUACAGAAUUUGAGAAUGGCAAUAGGACUUGGUUUUAUUUUGGAAUGAAAGGUGGUGCUCCAUUUGCUCUAGUGAAACUGAACAUGGUGAACCUGAACCGACAAACCAAGAUGUACAGCCAGGGAAUGGCUCCAGUGUUCCGGAUAUCUCCAGGAAGGAACAACUGGGAAAGAAUUAGGGACAAGCCAACUUUCAAUAAUGAAGAUAAUGUGUUCACCAUGAGUUUUAAAUAUCGCACAUUAGAAAAUCUACGAGCAGUAACAUACUUUGCUUUUACUUUCCCGUACUCUUAUUCUGAACUCCAAGCGAACCUGAAUCUCAUAGACAGUAAAUUCCUAACAAGUAACAUUAAACCACAACCAAAGCUAGACGACAUAUAUUACCACAGGGAGACAGUGUGCUACUCUCUAGAGGGCAGGAGGGUAGAUCUGCUCACAUCUCAUCUACAGUGUUUUUGUGAAACAUGAUACGUAAUAACGUAGCCUUGUGAAUGUAUGUUGUAGAACCAAAGCUAGACGACAUAUAUUACCACAGGGAGACAGUGUGCUAUUCUCUAGACGGCAGGAGGGUAGAUCUGCUCACAUCUCAUCUACAGUGUUUUUGUGAAACAUGAUACGUAAUAACGUAGCCUUGUGAAUGUAUGUUGUAGAACCAAAGCUAGACGACAUAUAUUACCACAGGGAGACAGUGUGCUACUCUCUAGAGGGCAGGAGGGUAGAUCUGCUCACAUCUCAUCUACAGUGUUUUUGUGAAACAUGAUACGUAAUAACGUAGCCUUGUGAAUGUAUGUUGUAGAACCAAAGCUAGACGACAUAUAUUACCACAGGGAGACAGUGUGCUACUCUCUAGAGGGCAGGAGGGUAGAUCUGCUCACAUCUCAUCUACAGUGUUUUUGUGAAACAUGAUACGUAAUAACGUAGCCUUGUGAAUGUAUGUUGUAGAACCAAAGCUAGACGACAUAUAUUACCACAGGGAGACAGUGUGCUACUCUCUAGAGGGCAGGAGGGUAGAUCUGCUCACAUCUCAUCUACAGUGUUUUUGUGAAACAUGAUACGUAAUAACGUAGCCUUGUGAAUGUAUGUUGUAGAACCAAAGCUAGACGACAUAUAUUACCACAGGGAGACAGUGUGCUACUCUCUAGAGGGCAGGAGGGUAGAUCUGCUCACAUCUCAUCUACAGUGUAUUUGUGAAACAUGAUACGUAAUAACGUAGCCUUGUGAAUGUAUGUUGUAGAACCAAAGCUAGACGACAUAUAUUACC